UGACCUUGAAGCUUGAACUUUAAACUGAUAGACCAACCCCUUGCUGUUUUCAAACAAGAUCUACAGAUGAAUUAUGGCUUCGCGGCAUGUUCCCUACACAGAUAUUUCAGAUAUGGGACGGGCAGCGCAAGAAACUGAAAUACAGCGUGCUGCCAAUCAACAGCUUAUUGAAGAAGGUAGAAUAAUUAAGCACAAGGAGCUUGAAAAAAUGAGGCGUGAAGAGGAAAGUAAGGAUGACAGUAGUAGUGAGCGUCCUGACGUUAUCAUUAAAGUUAAUAAUGGAAGCACUUCACGCCUGAGUAGUCAGCGUUCUUCGGCCGAUUUAGCAUCAUCAAUCAGCUCAAGGAACUUGGAUGCACGUGAGCUACGAGCCCAUUUACUGCAGUUAGAAGAAAAGGUUAAGGGGGCAAUGUUGUCAAAUGUUCAACUAGACAAUGAUAAACAACUUUUAAAGUAUGAAGUUGAUUUGCUCAAAGAUAAAUUGGAAGAUCUUACAGAUGCUUAUGCUUCUUUGAACAAAAUCUUCCUAGAAAACAAACGGGAAUUAGCGUAUCAAAAAAUGCAAAUAGUUGAAUUAACACAUCGUUUGGAUUAUGCACGUCAUCAAAUAGAAGCACGUGAUCAACUAAUUGUUGAACAUGGUUUAGUAUUAAUUGGUGGCACAAAUGCAGAUGACAAUCCGAUGUUGUCUAACAUGGAGGAGUUAACAACAGCCAAUGCACAUAUGUCAUCUACGAAUAAGGGAAAAUCCACGAGUAAUAAUAGUAAUUUAGUGAUGAUGAAUGGUUUAUCCAAUAAUAAUAAUCAUUCAAAAUCAAAUUCAUUGAUACAUCAAAAUGGUGAUAAAUCAUCAAAUCAUUUACCCGAAAUGGUUCUUAUCACAAAAUCGACAGCUGAACUUUUAAAUACUUUAUCUGAAACAACAUUAGAUAAGCAAAUUCAACAGUUGUUUAGUAUGCGGUCCGAAUUGGAUGCACGAGUUGAAGAAUUAGAAUCUCAAUUAAGAGAAGAACGUAAACGCUUCGAGGCUCCAUCUACACGUUAUGAUUCAAAGAAUCGUACAAAUAUAGCAAAUACAGAAGAUAUUAAACAUGAACUACAACAAAGUCGUAAUCAAGCUCAAGAAUAUAAACUGAAAUUUCAUGAAUCAUCUCAAAAGAUAUCAGCUCUUGAAAGCGAUGUGAGUUUCAUUAUUCACAGACUUUUAUGAAGCCCAUCUUUAAAUUUUUAAUUGAAUAGAAUAAUUUAUUUAUGUUGACUGAUAAUAGAUUCGCUGUGCGCAACCACGUCGUCACACGCAAGAAUCGAACGGACGACCUUCGGUUUCGCGCACAAAUACUUAACUUUAGACCACUGAGCUGACAUCCAACGGUGUUAAUGUGUCAUUUCAAUCAUUAUAUAAAUAUCUGUUGGUAUGCAUUUGCGUUGAUAUCUUUUUCCGAUUGAUACUUAAGCCCCUAGCAUCUAUGACUUCAGUAUUUACAGUGUUAUUGUGCUUUAUUGUGGGUAUUGUUACUAUUUUCUUGUUUAACACUUAUUACUACUCUUCAUUAUUACAUAAGCUCUUUUGUAGUGUGCCUAGUCUCUGUCAGUUCAUACAACCCUUUUUGUAGAGAAUACUGUUAACGUUGAAAUUGAUGCAUGAUAAGUUUGUAGCAGAAGCAUUACGUUAGUCAAUCAUAAACAGUGUACAACUUGCUACAAACGCGUGCACAUCGUCACAUUUUGUCAUCAGGUCAACGCUUAUAGAUACUAAUAAGAUUCAUAGCUAAAGAAAUUGAAGUAGUGUUAGUGUUCGUAUCAUUAAAAAAUAUCUCGAAUAUAAAACGUAUGACCUCAAAAUAAAAGAAUAAAACAUGAACAAUGGAAAAUAUGAAAUUAUUAUCGAAUCUCACUACCUAAUAUGAUCACAUCUUUGUCACUGCAACAUUUUUAGUCAUGUUAUUUAACAUCUUCACUUAUGAAUCGUAAGUUUCACACAUACUCCAUCAAUGAUAUUUACGCCUUCCAAUGCAUAUUAUCUCCCGCUUAGUUAUAACACCAUAUUUAAUCUGGCGCCCCCUUUUUUGUAUUUGGAUUUCAGCCAGUAAAAUUGUACAACAAAUAUCUUCCAGUUCCUGUGUUUUCAAUUGAUCUGUCCAAUAUUUACUAGUUGUUACUUUGUGUCUAUAAUGUGUGCUUUACAUCCAUCGGAAUAUCUGCUUAAACAACAAUUGAAAGCGAAAAAUGCACCAUGACUUUCACGAGGGAAAUAUUGUUUCACUGGUCACGUGUUUCCUACCGCAUAUAUGUAUUUGUAUGUGUUGUGUUGGUCCGUAGCCAUAUAUAUAUAUAUAUAUAUAU